UCCGGGAUGACAGACGGAGCUACAUUUUCAUCCAAAGCGAGUGAAAUAGUGAAUUUGGAUGAUAAAACAAGCUAAACCAACGUUUGGAUCGAUAUCUGCAUCGAUCUGCCCACCCUUGUCUCCUGGAUCGUAGCUGAGAUCAGCGUGAACCACGUGGGUCUCUGCUCCCUGAUCUGUUUCCUGUGUUUGGAAAGAGUUCCAGCUUGAUCACGGAGUUUCUCUCGGUUUGUGGGCUCAUCUAAAGCUGAUCAGCAGGAGGAGAAGAGUCUGACGGAGCAGCAGAGGAACAUUUUCAGCCAUCUGGACUCAGCUGAGUCACUACAGAGGAAACAAUGAGCUCAACACAGAAGGACCAACAUGGAGCGACAAGUCAGCGCUCUCAGGAGGCCGACAAACCUCAUAGAAGAAAGAGAGAGAAAACAUACACCUGUGACGAGUGUGGGAAGGGUUUUACUGGGAAGGCUUCACUGAAACAGCAUCAGGUCAUCCACACUGGAGAGAGACCGUUCAGCUGUGACUUGUGUGGAAAGACUUUUUCCUGGAAGGGUUCCCUAAAAGCACACCAACUCAUCCACAGUGGAGUUAAAGCGUACAGCUGUGAUCAGUGUGGCAGAGCUUUUACUCACAGUAGCAGCUUUCAGAGGCAUCUAGUUACCCACUCUGGAAUUAAGCCAUACACCUGUGAUGAGUGUGGGAAGGAUUUUACUGUGAAGGAGAAACUAAAACAGCAUCAGGUCAUCCACACUGGAGAGAGACCGUUCAGCUGUGGCGAGUGUGGAAAGUCUUUUUCCUGGAAGAUUGCUCUAAAAAGACACCAACUCAUCCACAGUGGAGUUAAAGCGUACAGCUGUGAUCAGUGUGGCAGAGCUUUUACUCACAGUAUCAGCUUGCAGAAUCAUCUAGUUACCCACUCUGGAAUUAAGCCAUACAGCUGUGACAUUUGUGGAAAAACAUUCAGCCUGAAAGAGAGCCAAAAUGCACACCUACGCAUUCACACCGGACAUGAUGUGUACUGCUGUGAUCAGUGUGGCAAACACUUUGCUAAAGAUACACACUUACAACAACACAUGUUUACCCACACUGAGGAGAGACCUUAUAAAUGUGACCUGUGUGAGAAGACUUUUAAAGCUCCACAUUACCUGAAAGAACACCAACAGAUCCACAUCAGAAAGAGACUCUCCAAGUGCAGUUACUGUGAGAAGCAGAGCGACACAGAUGGAUCCAGUUCUCAGUCCUGUCAUCACUGUGGGAAAGAGUUUCGUUGUGACCUUUGUGGAAAAACUUACAUUCGAAAACACACCCUAAAAAUACAUCAACGUAGACACACUGGAGACAAACUGAAAUACUGCAAAGAAUGUGGGAGAAGCUUCACCAGAUUAAGGGACUUAAAAGAACAUGAACUGAUUCACAGUGGGGUUAAAAAGCACGUCUGUGAUCAGUGUGGGUCAUCUUUCACCACUGUAAGUCACCUUAAAACACACAAACGAGUCCACACAGGAGAGAAACCAUACAAGUGCAGACACUGUGACAAAAGCUUCACAGUUUCAGGUAAUCGUAACAAGCAUGAACGUACACACAUGGAAGGAAACUACAGCUGUGACCAGUGUGACAAGAGCUUCAGGAAUCUCAGUUCAUACUCCAAACACAAACGAUCCCACGUUACUAAUAAAUUGUUUCACUGUUACCAAUGUGCCAAAACAUUCACUAAAUUAUCUGCUCUGUGCAAACAUCAGCGUGAUCACUCAGGGCUGAAAUCACUCCCAUCACAGUGAAUCUGAAGAGACAGAAACCAGACACUGAGGUUGGUGGUAGACUAACCUCCAUCUGCUGCUGCCCCAACCAGAUCCUCUGGUUUCAGUGUCAGAGUUAAAACCCUUGAGAUCAGGCUCCACAGAGUUCAGAUGGACUCUCCUGUAAAGAUCUGAUGAGCAAUGUUCCCUCUAAUUUUUCAUGUGUCUGAGCGAACACACAAACUCCCUGAGCGAUCCCUUGGACCACUGUGAGCAACAUCAGACGUGUGCACUGUGGUCACGCCAGCAUCGAAUCCAUCCAAGUUACAUGGUUUAUUAAAAUAAUCAAAUUACAGCAUUUAUGUUAGACUACUUUUAAUUAACUACUUUAGCCCACUUACAAUGAAAAUUAAAAAAAAUCUUGUUCAUGACCUGUGUAGUAUGUUAACACUAUUGGAAGUAAAAAUAACUUGAACUCCAAUUUUGAAAACAAAACUUUUGUUUUUCUUUUUUUUUUUUUUUUAAAUAAAGCUCUGACUUCUAUUAUCACUAUGAGUCUGUGGUCUGGGAGAGAGUCCUGUAACUCUCUGUCUGCAAAAUACAGUAAAUAAUGACCAAUGUUGGGCAAUUAAUUAUAUAGUUCUUCAAAAAAGCAACUGAGUUAUGCAAACAAAGUUUUUUGCAGCCAUUUACCUAAAAUGCAGCCAAGGCGUUUUUUAAAAAUGAACAUUUCUAACUAUUUACAGAACAAUCAGGUGUUCUGCAUCAAAUCACUCACAUCUCAAAUCACCGCCGUCACUCCUAAAACUUCCCCCUUCCUAAACAACUAAGUGCGAUGUUGCCAUGUCAUUUUUUGUUUGGUCGACAUGGUACAUUCUUUGACCAAUAGGAAAGGGUGUUUUGGUUUCGUCUUUGCUCACAGGCGGAGAGUGCUUUCGAGUGUUUUCCUUAUAAAAUGCAGUUUUUACCGUUUCUUCCCGCAGUAAAUAUAAACAACGAUAGUAUUCAGGAAGAAAACCAAACAUUGCAGAUAUUUUUAUCAUAACUCUGGUUUUAUGUGGCCUAUCAACACAAUUUAAAAACUGGUAUAAAGUCCACACUUUUUGCGUCAAUUGUUCCGUCUGUCCUGCUCACAUCUCCAAUGGUUGUACACGUUGUCAUAAACGUGGCUUCACUCCACAUCAGUCACGCCGCUUUGCUAGCUAAAACACCGGUGUCGGCGCAUAAGGACGCUGUCAUAGCCUGUCAACCACGUUGAUUGGCUGCGUAUAUGCGAAUGUGAAUCGCAUUAUUGGCUGGACUAUGGGAUAAGGUGGCAUCGUUCUAAUCCCAUACGGGAGCAGCCAGUCACUUACUGACUCACACUGCAAACAGAAUUGUUAAAGUUUUAAUUUUAAUUUCAAUUCAGGUUAGAUUUUUUUUUCUGUGCGCAGAGACCGUGCCAGCAGCUUAGAGGGAACAUUGCUGAUGAGGCAACUAUGAAUGAAAAUGGUUCCCUAGUUCCAUUUUAAGGUGUCGAAACUAAACUGUUCUACUUCAGUGUUCAUGUCGAGUGGUUUGCUUUGCUGCAGCAGUUGGAUGAAAAAAAAUCUGUUUUCAUGUUAUCAAGUUUUUAUUGACUGUAUUUUGAUCCAUGUGUUCUGAAGAUGUUAUUUUGUUCACUUUGUUUGUGUUAUG